GCUUCAAGAAAACGGUGCCCCCAACGAUGAUUCACAAAAAUGCAAACUCACACACUCGGUCCCGUGACAUCGACUCUUUUCAUUGGCUGUUGGUGAUGUCACGAAUUUCCAGUGGAGGAUCAGGUUCUAUCUCGACAACGGGCCCAACAGAAAUAGCGAUAUCGCUCGCACUCUGUCGCCCUGGAGAAAGUUCGAAUCGCGUCGUUUUGCUUGCGUCAGAAAUCUAGCGACUAUACCAGAGAACAGACGUGUUUCUGCUUUGGUUCUGACGGGAAUUUUUGAAAAUAGUUUUUAAAAAAAGUUUUGAUCGCUAGUAGUGUUUAAUUGUGUUCCUUUUUGCGAUUCAACUACCUACAUUUGUUAAAAAGGUUGUUGAUCAACAAAGUUUUUGAGUGAAGGCAACGAAAGGCGUUUUGAGUUGAGCGUUCAUAAACCUCAGCUCAAUUCCUGGUAAAGGAAGUUCAGAAGUCAACAUUUCUAGAAGAAGACAAGGCGAAUCUAAUAAAGAGGAUCCAAAAUUUUCUCGUAGGGUAUGUCUGUCAAAAUGCAGUCAAAAAGCAACCGUCUUCCCUUAGAUGGUGGUGGUACACUUAGAUACUGGAGAAGAUUCUUGACCUGAUUGACGAUUAAUACCCAUUAUACUGUUCUGACCAAUAAUCCAAAUUGAAAAUGUCUUAUUAUUUCGCUAUGUCCCUGUCAACAUGGUCCCUGCCAGCAAAGUUCACCACCUUUGUGGAUCCUAUCGAGAAAUACCUGUCGCAUACCCGGCACGAGGUCGGGGUAAGCUUGCGCGAGCAAAUCGAGGAGGACUUGAUGACGGCGACGGAGAAAAGGCACUCGUUCGAAAGCAGUGCCAUAGAUCCAGUUUCGUUUAUGUAUGUGGACCCGUACGACGUGAAUCCAUUAUCCAGAAGCUCAGAUUUGCCCCCCGCAACGAUACUAGCAGAUAUACCGCUCAAGGUCGAAUCCAGUGUUUCACAACAGAGCCAGUUCGCAACAGGAGGUGGUGUGUUUUACGUUCCUCCAAGGAGAAUCAAGUUGGAAAUGGAGGAAUUCGGCGACCUAUCGUCGUUCGUUUCCCCCCAACGGAUAAUAUCCAAUGCUGUAGAUGAACUCAAUACUCCAGUCUUCGAUAAGGAUGCUUUUGAUUUCGACAUCAGCAGUUAUCAGACAAAUGUUCAGGCGCACCUCAUGCUGAAGUGCGAUGCUGCGUUCUUCCGCGAAAACAGCUCCCUUAAUCCACUAAACAACCAAGAGGACGUUUUCAUCAACCCGGAGAACAUGCAUCGAAACGCAGUAGCAUUUAAUAAUCAACAACUAUACACUGACGCCGAUAUUUAUUCGCCCACAGCGUCAGAAAAUGGUACAUACAUUGUUAAACAGUCCCCGGACAACUCAUCCAUGUUCGACAUGGACAUAAACAGUAGUGUUAGUGUUAGAAGUAGUAGUAGUAGACAUUCUUCUUAUCCAUCGUCGCCGGUGGGCUCCGUCGUCCGCCCUGCGGCGACGGAGACCCCCGACGAUAGUGAAAUGUCGUUCCAGUCCAGUUCUUCGUCGAAGCCUAGGCUGUCCUUGGAUCUCGGUCUGGUACACCAGACCAACUUUUUAGAUGUCAAUACGCCUAGCAUCAUCGCCGAAGUGGUUAGCUUGGAAUCGACUGGUUUUAACAUCUUGGAUCUCGUUAAAGAGGACGAUAUACAAUUCGUAAAUGACGUUUUUCCCGAUGCGUCAACCUCAACCCCACCAUCCAAUGUGUCGCAAAAAGUUGCCGUCAAACAACCGAGAAGGCGGCAUAGAAUGGCCGAUGAUGACGACGACGAAGACUACGUUCCGCCUUCUAUGAAGACGAGCAGAUAUCCCGUAGCUCAUGACUAUUCCUCAGACAGCGAGGACGAGAAGCCUCUGAAGAAGAAGGCGAGAGGCAGACCCCCUAAGAGGACGCAGUCUAUUUCGUCAGACUGUUCCAAAGAUAGCGACGUUUCAAAAUAUAGGGAAUUGAGGGACAAAAACAACGAAGCUUCUCGAAAAUCGAGGAUGAAGAGAAAAGUAAAAGAACUGGAAAUGGAUAAGGAAGCAGAUGAACUUCACAACAAAAAUAUUAAGUUAAAAGCACAAGUUGAAGAACUAGAAAAGAUGGUUAAUAAUUUCAGGGAUAACCUUUUCAAGAUAAUGAUAAAUAAAUAAGUAGUUUUAGUCAUUUAGAUUAUAUAAUAAUCGUUGUUGCACAUACAAAUUGGAAUAUUAGUUAUAUGUUAUUAUAUCGACAGAGAAAAAUUUGUGUGUGCUUUUAAAUAUUUAAUGUGAUUUAACAAUUUUUUACUAUUUUUUUUAUAUUAUAUUAUAUACGUGUUAGUUUAUAUCACCUAGAGACUAAGGGUGUUCUGUGGUGGGAUUUUUAUUAGUUGUUUUUGGUUCCACCAUAUAGACCUUAUAAUAAGGUCGAACUUGUGUUUUUUGUGAGUGAAGAGACUGCAAAUGUUUUAGUAUAACACUAAGAUUACUAUUUUAUUACUAAAAGAUGUAUGUACCUGUAUUUACUUAUUAUUAUGAAUCAAUAAUAAAAAAUUUUGUAGUA